UCAAGUGAAGUCAAAUUAAACGAAACUCUCUCCAACCGGGCUCGCCUCCCCACCCUUCUCAAAGUCCGGGUCGGGGCAAAGGACCGCUCCCUCGCCUCUCCGGGGGAGCUGCCAACUUUGCUCCCGAGCAGCCGGCGGGGGAUGAUGAAGGCGUCUCGGGCCGGGCGAGGGUCUCGGCUCCGCGUGCGAGUCGGAGUCGGAAGGGAGAAAGGGCGCUGUGCGGUGCAGAGGAGCCGGCGGAGGGGCUGCGGUCCAGCGGCGCUCCUGGCAGCCAUGCUCCUGAUGAAUUCCUGCAUUCAGCUGGCCGAUGCGGUCAACACAGUUAUUCCAAUAACCGUGUCUCCGCCGAAACCGGCCGAAGGAUUUAAUAUCUUCCUGAUACCCAGGUUGGAUCAUAAGAAUUUUACAAGUUGUGGCUGGUAUCGGGGGUCAGUGUUGACCUCAGAGAAUCUAAGACUAAUUAUCUCUAGCCAACCUAAGUUUUACAAUAUGGGAGAUGCCUACACUGGUCGGGAAAAGUUAUGUGCAAACUGUUCCCUUCACAUCAAGCAUUGUAAGACAGAGGACAAGGGGAUGUAUACAAUCAUUAUGACAGGAAGCAUGAUUGCAAUCGGAGAAGUCAACUUAAAUGUCUCAGGUGGACUUCAUUCGGUUCCAACCAACCAACCCGAAGGUGUGCUAGUGGAUACGGCGAUCAUUGCAGUUGUUGGUGGGAUCAUAGGAGGAACCAUAAUAUUGACUGAAAUAAUGCUCUGGAUUUACAUCCUAACCUAUAAGAGAUGCCGGAAUUCUGCUCCAGAUGAGGCUUCAUCUGAACCUCCGUUUUCAGUCUGUGACAACACUUUUCCACCUCUGGGGGUGAGACGUUGA